UCAGGCUCUCGCCUCCCUACUGGGCUCAGCAAACCUUCCAGGCGUCUUUCUCUUUCACACUAUUUGGGGGGAACAAGAAAGGUAACUUUGUCCAAAUGAAGAGAACUCACCUGCUUGUGGUGGGGGUCUAUUUGCUGUCCUCCUGCAGGGCGGAAGAGGGGCUGAAUUUCCCCACGUAUGAUGGGAAGGACAGAGUGGUCAGCCUUUCCGAGAAGAGCUUCAAGCAGAUGUUGAAGAAAUAUGACUUGCUCUGCCUCUACUACCAUGAGCCAGUGUCUUCAGAUAAGGUCGCACAAAAGCAGUUCCAAUUGAAAGAGAUCGUGUUGGAGCUUGUGGCCCAGGUCCUGGAACAUAAAAACAUAGGCUUUGUGAUGGUAGAUUCCAAGAAAGAAGCCAAGCUUGCCAAGAAACUGGGUUUUGAUGAAGAAGGAAGCCUGUAUGUUCUUAAGGGUGACCGCACAAUUGAGUUUGAUGGCGAGUUUGCAGCCGAUGUCUUGGUGGAGUUUCUCCUGGAUCUCAUUGAAGACCCAGUGGAGAUUGUGGGUAACAAGCUGGAAGCCCAAGCCUUUGAACGCAUUGAGGACCAGAUCAAACUCCUCGGCUUUUUCAAGAAUGAGGAUUCAGAAUAUUACAAAGCGUUCCAAGAGGCAGCUGAGCACUUCCAGCCCUACAUCAAGUUCUUUGCCACCUUCGACAAGGGGGUUGCAAAGAAAUUGUCCUUGAAGAUGAAUGAGGUUGACUUCUAUGAGCCAUUUAUGGAUGAGCCCAUUAUCAUCCCCAACAAACCUUACACAGAAGAGGAACUCGUGGUGUUUGUGAAGGAACAUCAAAGACCCACUCUACGUCGACUGCGCCCAGAGGACAUGUUUGAAACAUGGGAAGAUGAUUUGAAUGGGAUCCAUAUUGUGGCCUUUGCAGAGAAGAGUGAUCCAGAUGGUUAUGAGUUCCUGGAGAUCCUGAAACAGGUUGCCAGGGACAACACCGACAACCCUGACCUGAGCAUCUUGUGGAUUGACCCAGAUGACUUUCCUCUGCUUGUUGCUUACUGGGAGAAGACUUUCAAGAUUGACCUGUUCAAGCCUCAGAUUGGAGUGGUGAAUGUAACAGAUGCUGACAGUGUCUGGAUGGAGAUCCCGGAUGAUGAUGACCUCCCCACAGCUGAGGAGCUAGAAGACUGGAUUGAGGAUGUGCUUUCUGGAAAGAUCAACACUGAAGAUGAUGACAAUGAAGAUGAAGAUGAUGAUGGCGAUAAUGACAAUGACGACGAUGAUGAUAACUCUGAUGAAGAGGAUAACGAUGACAGUGAUGAUGAUGAUGACGAUGAUGAUGAAUAGCUCCAGCCACAUAUGGUUUUGAUGAGAACAAUAUCCUAACUACCUACUACCACAUAGACAGCCUAAGGGUCAGCGAGCAGCUAGUCAGCCCUUUUCCUUCUCCGGUGUGCUUUCCUAGUCCCUUCUCAUCAGGAGUUGUACAUUUUUCAACAAAUGCCUUUCCAAAUCUAGCCGUCCCACUCCACAGGAAUGGGAAGGGAAUGAGUGGUUCCCAUGCUGACUUCUUGUAACCAUCAACGAACAAACAGUUCUUACCCCUUCCUAGUCCAUCAGGGGGUCAUGGCCGUACGGGUAUCGGAAGUCUAGGGACAAUAAUCCCCUGACAUCUCUACUCAAGUUUACUUAUUCUCUUUAAUUUUGAUGGUACCAGAACUGAUAGUUUUCUAGUCACAAUCAGGGAGCAACCUUCUUAUCAGAGCCUAGAAAGGACACAUGACUAAUCAAUUUGGCCCAAAAGCCAGAACAUUGCUGAACUUAGAUCCAAGCCUUUGGAUGGCUAUCAAGAAUCCUUGAAACAUAUGCAUCACCAUCAGUUCUAGCAUAUUAGAUACUGAGUAGGGGUCAGUUUUCUCUUUGAACUUCCCACUAGGUGGGAGAGGAGAGAGGCUGAAGGAUGAAAGGUCUUUGGUUUUUCUGAUGGAGGCGAGUUCAGGUCUCUGGAUGUGUCCCCUGGCCGCUUAGCUUAAGCUGGGAACCAAGUGCUCCUUCUCUGUCACUGCUAGUGAGCUGUCCCAUUUUGAAUGAAAGGCUGCUUUAUCCAAUGGUCAAUUAACUCUCCAUUCAUCAGCACUCCCACGGUUGACCGGGGCAGCAAUAAUUAGAGUUCAUGAUGCCCCGAGGCACUGAAAAAAAAUCACCAAGUGCCUUUCGAACUGUCUGGAAGUUACAUUGUGCUUGGUAGUUUUAGUUGCCAAGUGUUCUAAGUUAUUUUCUCAAUCUGUUAACACAUGUAAGACACUGUGCAAAAUUACUUUUGAAA